GACGGCGUGAGCAGCAGAAAGUAGCACAAAAGAAAAGCAGAGCAGCGCUGAGUGGCUCAGAGCCGCACCAAGACUGCAAGAGAGCAGGGACACAGUUCACUCAGGAGGGCGAGGACAUGCUUAAAUUGCCCGCUGCUGGACAGAGGAUUGAACACGGACGUCGUGUGUCGCGUUUGACUGCGUUUGAACUGUGUUUUCGGCCAAAGUGCGUAGCUGGAGCGAGUCUGAGAAAACAGAGCCGAGCCGCAGCAGCUUUAGCCCACGUUUGGACAUAUGAGAUGACGGCGGCUUCCUGUGGGCAGAGGAAGUGGUGUGUCUGUAGGACGGUAGCGGAUCUACACACCAGCGCAGAAGCUCUCAGUUAGCUGAACCGUCCAGCCUCGUCUCCGUUCUCCUGCAGUUCACGAUGGCUUUCUGCGGGCUGCUCUCCGUCUGUUUAUCCCUCAUAAUCAUCAUCGGCGGCUGCCAUGGCAACACCAUCCCCCGCAUCACCUUUCUUCUCGACAGUCCAGGCCGAGCAGUCAGCAUCUUCAAUCCUCCUGACGUAUAUAACACCACCACACUGCUGCUGAGUAAGGAUGAGGAGACUCUGUUUGUCGGAGCGAGGAACGCUCUCCUCUCACUCAGCGUCAACGAGGGGGGCGGCCUCAUCCUCAACAGGACGCUCGACUGGUCACCCACCGUGAAGGACCUCAACGACUGCUCCAUGAAAGGCAAGGAGAAGACGGACUGUCCGAACUUUGUACGAGUCCUGCAGGUGCUGAACUCCACCCAUAUGUACGCCUGUGGAACGUUUGCCUUCAGCCCUCGCUGCACCUACAUCAGCUCUCAGCAGUUCUCCCUGGUGACUGGCGGUAAGCCUGAAGAGGGCAGAGGUCGCUGCCCUUACAACCCCUACCAGAAGAACACAGCCAUCACUGUGGGUGGAGAGCUGUACACCGGCACGGUGGCGGAUUACAGGGGGAACCGGCCUGUUAUCUCUCGUCAUCUGAGUGAUGGAGGUCAUGUUGAUCUGAAGCUGGAUGAUACGCUGGGCUGGCUAGAUGAGCCCACCUUCAUCAGCUCAGCCUCCAUUCCCAGUGAGGAGAAGGUCUAUUUCUUCUUUAGUGAGAUGGGCCGGGAAUACGACUUCAUCGAUAAGUUCACCGUGUCUCGCAUCGCCCAGGUUUGCACAAGUGAUAAUGGGGGUCAGCGGACUCUGCAGCGGCGCUGGACUACCUUCACCAAAGCUCAGCUCCUCUGUCAGGCCAGCGGAGAACUGCCUUACAACGUCCUGCAGGACAUGACCACCCUCCAGCCAGCAGAGGGAGCCGCUGAGGACGACACGCUGUUCUAUGGCAUCUUCAGCUCUCAGUGGUCUGUAAACUCCGGCCGCUCUGCAGUGUGUGUGUUCAGCCUCAGGGACAUUAAAGAAGUUUUUGCUGGAAACUACAAAUCUCUGAGCAGGGAUACGCUGAAAUGGACCACACGAGUGCAGGAGAAGAUCACCAACCCUGGAGAGUGUGGCCUCCACAACGCUUCAGAUAACAUGCUGCGCUUUGUGAAGGAGAACUUCCUGGCUGAUAAAAGUGUCCUACCCGUCAAUCAGGAGCUGGCCAUGGUGUCACCUGAGCACCACUACAGCAACAUCGCAGCUCAGAGAGUGGGGCUCAAGGGAAAAGAGUACACCGUCCUGUACCUGCUCACAGAAACUGGCUUCCUGCACAAAGCUGUGCUUCUGGAGAAAGGCGUCCACAUCAUCGAGGAGAUCCAGGUGUUAACACGGCCUCAGCUGGUCAAAAACCUCCUGCUGUCCACCUCUAAGGGUGUGGUGUUAGUGGGCUCCUCUGAGGGAGUGGUAUCUGUUCCUGUCUCCAACUGCUCCUACUACUCGAGCUGUGCUGAGUGUGUGUUAGCCAGAGACCCUUUCUGUGGCUGGGACCCCUCGCACAAAGCCUGCACUGAUAUCUCCUCCAUUAAAGGGAAUGCUCGUCAGGAUGUGGAUGAGGGCAAUGUGUCUAAAGCGUGUGAAGCCCCUAUCACGCCCCGAUCACGCUCCGGCUCCGGCUCUCUCAAAACUCCUGCAACCCCAUGUCCUCCAGGUGAGCUGGUGUCCGUGUCUCUGAAUGAGGUGGUCCGUCUGCAAUGCCCAGCGGUCUCCCAUCUGGCCCAGCUCCACUGGGAACGGCCCAACAGCCAGAUCUCCCCGAAAAUCUACAUGCAGCAGGAAGACGGCAGCCUCAGCUUCCUCGCCACGCCGUCCACUCUGGGCCUUUACCUGUGCAAGGCUGAGGAAAAUGGCUUCACUCAGACGCUCAUCACAUACCAGGUCAGACAGAAGAGCAGCCCGACCCUCCAGCCUGUAACACCCAGCAGACCACAGGUCACACAAUCUUCCGAAACUGGACAAGCCUUCACCACUAAAUGGGUGACCACACUGCGGGCCAGGGAGGAGACGAUGCAGCCGAAUCCCAACAUGAAGGAGCCGCAGCCCACCGUGUCUGUCAGAGAGACACAAGCAGUGACCACAAGCAAGAGCAGCACGAACUUCUCAGAGAAUAAGCAGGGCAGGCUGGAGGUUGGAGUGGCUGGAGGGGAACAUCAGCUGCUGGCUAAGACGCCCAGCUACCUGCAGGAGCUGGUGGUGGUCUCUGUGCUGCUAGCGUUGUGCAUUAGCGCAUUGCUGACAAUUGCACUGUUCAGCGUCAGGCAGCGGUGUCGCAGCAGGACGGCCCCCCACAGCCCCGGCUCGCAGAGGGCAGGGGGCGCCUCGCCUCAGGAGAGUGAGGCGCUCAGGGGGAAUUCGCCAAGCGGGGGAAAACGCAACGGACACGCCAACAACGCUGCAAAAUCUCCAAAUACCCUUAGCAACGGCUCCAACGGCCACCUGCCCAACACGCCUAUCUGAGGACUGACUGUAGCACGUUUUUAAACCUUUUCGGUUCCCUGUGUUGCUCUCGGCCUGGUGUUAUCUAGGACUGCACAAUAUACACAAGACACCAUACUGUGACCUUAACAUUGCCUGGUACUGUAAUUAAUGCUUUUCCAUGCAUUAAUAACACACUGAGGAAUGGUUGAUGUUGCAUGGUUGAAGGAGAAUUUCACCAAUUUUACUAAAUUUCUCUGUAAUUAUGAGUGGUUUGGCCUGAAACGCUCCGUUACAGAGAAACGUGCAUAGUCAGAAUAGUUCACAGUGGGGGUGAUAGGAACCAGAGGCCGGAUUCACAAAAGCUUUCUUGGAAAAAAAACUUGCUAAGGUUUUUAGGACAAACACUAGGAAGUUCAUAAGAUUGGGCCUCAUUCACCAGUAUAUUCCUAAGUUUGUUCUUAAGUGUGUUCUUGAGAAAGGUCAUAGGAAAAAUUAAAGCGCAGAACUGUUCUCACCUUUGUGCUCUUGAGUGUGUAGAUUCUGUUCUUACCUAAGAACAAAUCCCAAUUCAUAAGAAAACACUGGUGAGUCUCAGAAUCUUCAUAAAAACUAAAAAAAAUCUAAAAAAAGUGGCUUUUAAGACAUUUAUCCUUGAGAACAGUUGACGAAUGAGGCCCGGUGUUCUUAAAUGCAAUCCUCAAAAAAACUGAAGUUCUGAAAUAUUUUCUUAGGAUAAUCUUAAUUAUUCUCCUGUUAUUUUCUUAAGAGAAUCUUCAUUGAUUUCUUUUGUCGGCUACGUUGCAUUUUACCACGUAAAAUAAACAAUGCAAGACACAUUUUGAGUUUGUAUUAACCGUUAUUUCUGUUAUUAAUUUAGUCCGAGCAAAAUGGAGGAAAAACAUCAAAACCAAGGGUUUAAAAUUUUAGCAAAUAAGAUCUGGAGGUAACGGAGGAACAAACAGCCAACCGAAAAAAAUCCUCAUUGAAAAAUAUGAUAGUUGUGGGGUAACGGACGAGGAUGAGGAGCAGCAGAGGCAGCAUCUGUGAUCAAUUUAGAUGCUCACCUCGUCGACUCUAACAGCCCGAGACUGUGUGAGUCUGUCGUAAGGUUAAGAAAACAUUUAAGAACAUAAUAUUUUCAAGAAAACCACUUGUUCUUAGAAUUAUUCUUAGGAAAACAAGUUAAGAAAAUUAGACAAUUCUUAAGAAGUUGUUAACAGUAGUAUAACAGUUUCUCUUAACUUUUUUCUUAAGAAUGAAGUUAAGAAAAAACACGUUUAAGAAGAUUUUCUUUCUUAAAACACUUUCGAGAAUCUGCCCCCAGACGUCUGAAGAGUUAACCGUCUCUAAAAGCUAAUUUAUCAGCAGCAUUACAUACAAAAACUCCAGACACCAGUAGGUUCACUGGUGGUUUUGGACAAAAAUCUGAGUCUCCACAGUGAACCAUUUCACACCAAACCACUCACCUGAUUUUAUUUACAUUUUAAUGAUUGAAUUAUCUAGAAUUCUUGAAAAUUUUCAUGGAAUUCUCCUUCAGGAUUGGCCAUUAUUUUGACCAACAGAACAUGUGAAUACCUCGAUUCAUGAAAACGCCAACAGACACUCACAUGGACCACCUGUUGUCUUGUCAGGAUGCUCACAGCACAAAGACGACCCUCUGUGAUUGGCUAAAGUUCAUUUUCAUGUUGCAGCCCACAGCAGCGCUCAGCGCCAACAGCAAAAUGCAGCCGAUUGCUUUAUCAUUAUUGCACAGGUCACACGUUGUGAACAGUGUAUUGUGCAGUCCUACUGUCAUUCUGUGUUAAUCUGGCUACACAGGUAUCAGCUGUCAUCUGUUUCUGAGCCGUACUCGGGCUAAUACUGUCUUCGCUUGACCUACCGUGCUGGUCCUCAUCGCAUAGUGGUACUUUUAGCCCAGUGUUUUUUUUAAUUCAGCACCUCGUAACACAGCACACAAGGACUUUCAGUCAGUGGACUCAAUGCUGUGCUCCUUUUUGCACUUUUUCAUGUGAAUAUUAGUCCAGUCUGUACAUAUGACAUGUAGUUUAAGUGACACCGAUGUCUCUUUCACUGUGACCGAGGAUCAUACAGAUGCGCGCGCGAUACUGCCAAACCACUUUCACACAAAACAGCUGUGGUUACCGUGAAGUUGCAGUGGUAAGAAAUGUUGUAGAAUGGUAGAGGAUCGACUUUCAAGGCUUCGUUAUGAACUUUUGAAACUCUGCAGUUGAUAAUUUAAUUGACUUUAAUUGAAUUUAACAUUUGCGACAGUAUUUUGUUUAGCUAGUGUAAGAAAUCAAAGGGGAACGCCGCCUGUUUUCCAAAAUUUCUGCAUAAUUAAGAUGUAAGCAAAGUCAUUGUAGAGAAACAUACAGACUUCAGUGUCUUUACAGUGGUGGUGAUGGGAACCAGGGGUCGCCAUGACUACAACACAAGUAUAGACAUUUUAUUUAUUAUCCAAAACCAGUGAACCUACACGAGUCCUCGGAGCUUUGUAUGGGACAUUAGUGGUGGGAAAAUAGUGGAACAUCUGG